AUGUGAAUUAGUUGUUUGGCGGAUGCUGUAUAGCACAGAUGACUCUGGCAUGGCUGUCCAGCGAUUUGUGGUGCUCUUUCUGGUGCUCGUUUCGACGAGCUGUGCUCAAUAUCUACACACACUUAAGAGUCUGAGACGCUUCUCGUGCAGUCAAGAUGCUCGGGAACAGCCACUUAAUCUAUCUGCUUUCACCCCCCUAGAUGUCGGGCUAUUGGUAUGAGGCAGCUCGCAUACCUAACAUGGACAUUAUGAAGUGCCUGAAUGUCUCCGUGCCGCCAACUGCAGAUGGAAAGCUCAAGUUGAGGCUGGAAUACAUUAGCACAAUCCAUGGGGAAAUUCAUGCUGUCAAGGAAACGGUUUCAUUUCCAUGGAAUAAUUUCACCAAGACCAGCGUAUUUCAGUUACAUUAUAAAACUGUCAAAAUGAACGUCACAGUCACCUAUAAGGUCCUCUACAGCGAUCCUCAACUUAUGAUCGUACUCUGCGGCUACUCGACCAUCUCGCCUUUUCCGCUCUUCAAGCUGUUGACGCGACAGCGAAGGUUAGAUCAAAAUCUUAUAGAUAUUAUAAAAGCGGAUGCCGACAGGAUGGGCAUCGGUUCCCAGAUAAUCUGGACAGAGCAAUCUCCGGAUCAAUGCAGUGCUGCAAAUCGCUUGGCGACAAAAAUUAUAAUAAUAUUUUCAUUGAUUUCCCUACUGAACUUGUUCAACUGGAAUUAUCGCAUUAAGUUCAGGGUUAUGUUCUGAGUACUACUGUUGCUGAUACUACUACCACUAGUAGCAGUAGUUGAAAUCAAGAAUCAUAGUAUUAGCAGUGAUCGUAGUUGUGCAACAAGUGAAGAUUAGUUUGAAUCCUGUAUCAGGCGAAGACAUUAGAUUACUGUACUCUACUAAUACUAUUCCAUGUGAUUAUGUUUUAUAUAGUUUUCUUCUACUAGCAUAAUAUAUGUAGUUAAAGGCAUUAAAGACUUGCACUGCUACUACUACUAAUACUAUUACUUAUGCUCUAAGCACCGUUGUUUACAGCUGAAGUAAUAGUAUUAGUAGUAGUAGUAGUGGAGGUACGAGUAUUUAGUACUUUAACUAUAUUAUACUAGAUUGAUGGCGCUAUUGCUUUAAUAAUUUCGCAACGAGGUUUAUUGAAUUUUUGUAAAUUAAAUUAUCAUAAAUACAAUAAUUAACUUUUAAAAUUAUUAGUUUACUUUUUGUAAAAAUGGAAUAGAAACCGGAAUCGAAUUGUAGCUAAUCUGUGCCCCUAUCUUUUAUUGCAAAAUAUAAUAUUUACAGCUCUCUUCUGUACAAAACAAUAUUUGUUUAUAUCUCUCAAAAUCAAUUUCUUCAAGUUCAUGGAAGUAUAUUAUGCUCCUUCAUCAACCUUUCAUGCAUGGUUUUAUAAACCGUUUUUUGAUACUCAUGUUUUUUCAAUUUUUGUCUCAAUUUUCGUUUCUCCUUUUUUGCUGAUAAGCGAUUUCUAUUCAGAUUAAAUCAAUAUGCAGUCUAUGUACUAUGUACUAGGGUCAAUGCUUCAGUUUUGAGGGCUGUGCCUAAAUAAGCACAUGUAAGCGCAUUUUUAUAGCGGAUAACGAAGACUACUAGUUGUAAGACGAAAGGCCCUGGCUAAUAGAUAUCAUGUAAACGGCAAUAAACGAAUAGACUUUAAAAAACUGAAGUAUUUGAACAGUAUAUAACUUAACUAGUUCUACUUUAAUAAGAUUAUAUAAUUAACUAAAUUUGAUAAUGCUUGGCAUAUCGCUAAAGAAUCUAUAUAUUCAUUUGUAUUCCUCAUAGCAAUCUGUGAAUAUCUAUUUGACUUACCUUCCAUUUCGAAAUUUCUUUGAACUAUUAAUAUGUAUAUUUAUGUAUUUUCUUACAAAUAUAUAAACCCUCAUAUCACAAAUUUUUAGGGUACUGCAAAAUAUCAUGAAGAAUUUUCCAUCAUU